UCCAAGUUUAUUGACUACAUUGAUGAAGCUCUGGAAAAAUCCAAAGAAACUGCACUUUCUCGCUUGCUUUUCACCUACCAGGGGAUUCCUUACCCAGUCACUAUGUGCACCUCAGAAACGUUCCAAGCCUUGGAUGCCUUUGAAGCCCGAAGCGAUGACAUAGUACUCGCAUCUUACCCAAAGUGCGGUUCAAAUUGGAUUCUUCACAUUAUUAGUGAGUUAAUAUUUGCUGAUUCUAAAAAAAAGUAUGAAUAUCCAGAAUUCCCAGUUCUUGAAUGUGGGAACCCAGAAAAAUAUCAGAGAAUGAAACAGUUCCCAUCACCAAGGAUUUUGGCAACUCAUCUCCAUUAUGACAAAUUACCUGGGUCCAUCAUCAAGAAUAAAGCCAAGAUGUUGGUGAUAUUCCGAAACCCUAAAGAUACGGCAGUAUCUUUUUUCCAUUUCCACAAUGAUGUCCCUGAUAUUCCAAGCUAUGGCUCUUGGGAUGAAUUCUUCAGACAGUUCAUGCAAGGACAAGUUUCUUGGGGAAGCUAUUUUGAUUUUGCAAUUAAUUGGAACAAACAUUUUGAUGAUGAAAAUGUUAAGUUUAUAUUAUAUGAAGACUUGAAAGAGAAUCUGGCUGCUGGAAUAGAGCACAUCGCUGAGUUCUUUGGAUUCUCUCUCACUGGGGAGCAGAUUCACACUGUUGCUGCUCAGAGCACCUUCCAGGCCAUGCGAGCCCAGUCCCAGCAGACACACGGGGCUGUCGGCCCGUUCCUGUUCCGCAAAGGUGAAGUUGGUGACUGGAAACAUCUGUUCAGUGAAACUCAGAACCAGGAAAUGGAUAAAAAAUUCAGAGAGUGCUUAGCAGGCACUGCCCUAGGAGCAAAGUUGAAGUAUGAGUCAUAUUGCCAAUCUUGA